AUGCAGCAGAGACGAGCCGCUGGAGCCCGUAGCUGCGCGCUCUGGCCACUGCUGUGCGCGCUCUUCUUCCAGAGUGUUUAUAUCGUCCUUUCCUUGGAGAUUAACGCAGAUGCCCACGUCCAAGGCUAUGUUGGAGAAAAGGUCAAGUUGAGGUGUACCUUCAAGUCAACCUCAGAUAUCACUGACAAGCUGACCAUUGACUGGACAUACCGCCCUCUCAGCAGCAGUCGCACAGAGUCGAUUUUUCAUUACCAGUCUUUCCAGUACCCAACCACAGCUGGCACAUUUCGGGAUCGUAUUUCCUGGGCUGGAAACGUGUACAAAGGGGAUGCGUCCAUAAGCAUAAGCAGGCUCACAUUGAAGGACAAUGGCACGUUCAGCUGUGCUGUGAAGAACCCCCCAGAUGUGCACCACAACAUCCCCCAGACGGAGCUGACGGUCACCGAGAGGGGUUUUGGCACAAUGCUCUCCUCUGUGGCCCUUCUCUCCAUUCUUGUCUUCAUUCCCUCAGCAGUGGUGGUGGUCCUGCUGCUGGUGAGAAUGGGCCGGAAGGCUGCAGGGCUCAAUAAAAGGAGCAAGUCUGGCUAUAAGAAGUCAUCUAUUGAGGUGUCUGACGACACUGACCAGGAGGAGAAUGAUGAAUGCCUGACAAAGCUUUGUGUCCGCUGUGCUGAGUGCCUGGAUUCCGACUAUGAGGAUACCUAUUGAGAAAAGCGUGCGGGAGAUAGAGUCACCUAGGAACAGUAACGACCCCAUCCCACCGGCAGCUGAGACCUCUUGGAGGAGCAGAGCUGACCUGGACGGCAGGGACAAAGAUUCGGGAGGUUGUCAGUGAAGACACUAGGAGCCACUUAUUUAUUGAAGAAGUAUUGUGUUUUUAUAUUUAUAAACUGUUCAGAAACCCUCAGAAGAAACUCACGACUUCCCUUUCAACAGACUGCUCUCAAAUGGAAUGAGAAGUCUUCUUUUGGACAAAAGGAUGCUUUUUGGUUCAGUGUUUUCUUCUGUUUCUGAAAGUUUGCCACACUGCUGAUGCCAAAAUAAUUGUUCAGCAGUUGUGAAUUAGUAUAUAGCAUGGAGGCCUUAGGUUAACAAAUGCAGCUAUUUUAUUUGGAAGACUUGAAGCAUUAACUCUCAUUUCUGAAGAGUUGGGAGGAUCCAGAGUGAUUGGAUUGCUUUUACUUAAAGUGUUAAAUAAAGUGUCAUCGGUUUACAAUUAAGGCAAGGAGUGGAAAAGAUAGAGGAGUUCUGGCUUCGUUUUGUUUUAGGUCUCCUUGGCCCAAGGCAGAUUUAUUUCUUUGUAGCUGACAAAUUUGUGGUUUCCUUCUUGAUUUCGUUCAGUCUAGAGGCCAGAAAAAAUCUUGAA